AUGCUGACGAGGCUGCUGACCUUUGCUCUGGUGGCCGCUAGCUGGCGUGCCGACGCCUGCACAUGCGAGCCCGACCAUCCACAAACACACUUUUGCAACAGUGAUUUUGUGAUCGUGGGACGAGUACAAAAAAUGUUCAGGGGAACAGAUUUCUACGAUGCUUAUAAGGUUAAAAUUCGAAACAUAUUCAAAGCAACCCCGAAGGCCGCAUUAGCGCUGAAAGCUGGCAGAAUCUUGACGCCUUCACAAGAUUCGCUGUGUGGAAUGGCACUUCAGCCUAGAGAGACUUAUGUUAUAACAGGUCGUGUGGUACAUUUGCAAGCACACAUACACCUUUGUGGAUACGUCAAUAAAUGGCGCGAAGUAACGCCGCGACAACGGAAAGGUUUCAGGCUGCUUUAUAAACAAGGCUGCACGUGUAAGGUCCAUGUGAAAAGACGCAGCACUAAAUCUCCUAAUACUUGCGUGACGGGUUACGACGAGUGCUACGAGCGACAUGGAGUCUGUCUUCACGACCGCGAAAGACGCUGCCGCUGGACUAGAUAUUUUAGUGUCAGUUUAUGUUAUUUUAAAUGUUUGUGUGUAGUAUUAGAAUAA